AUGAUGACGUCUGCACAGUUUGUCUUCUGUUUGACAUGGCACUUUUUAGUCAUAGUAGCUCAGAAGAUUCAUCUGACAUCAUCUCCAUCAGUUUAUCAAGAAGGAGGUUUUAUAACAGCUAAUGUUGGAGAUAGUGUGACUUUAAGAUGUUUCUACAAUGAACCAUUGUUGUUCUACUGGUACAUGCAAUCACUGGGAGACAAACCAACACUUAUAUCUACCUUCUAUGUAUAUAGCACACAAAUCACUUUUUAUGAAAAAUUCAAUAACAACUCCCGCUUCACAUUGGAUACAGAAAAUCGUAAUUAUCACCUGACAAUUUCAGAUCUGAAACGUUCAGACUCUGGUACAUACUACUGUGCAGCUCGAGGUCCAAUGGUUGUGGAUUUUGCGGAGGGUACUACACUCAGUGUGAAGGAUUCAGAUUUAAACAUCCAGUCGUUCAUCCAUCAGUCGUCAUCUGAGACCAUCGAGCCAGGAGACUCGGUGUCUCUGAACUGCACAGUACACACUGGGAGCUGUGAAGGAGAACACAGUAUUUACUGGUUCAAAGAGUCAGAAAAAUCUCAUCCAGCCCUCAUUUACACUCAUGGAGCCAGGAAUGAUCAGUGUGAGAGGAAAUCUGCCUCAGAAAUUCAAACUUGCAUGUACCACUUGCCAAUCAAGAACCUGAAUGUGUCUCAUGCUGGGACCUACUACUGUGCUGUUGCUUCAUGUGGACACAUACUGUUUGGAAACAAAACUAAGUUGGACUUCAAAUGCGACUCUGUUCUGGUGUAUUUCUUGACUGGAACCUUGACGUUUACCUCCAUCCUAGUAGUUGUACUUAUUUUCCAAAUGUACAAGAUGAACAAAAUAAUUCAAUCUGCAGAGGAAAGGUUUCCAGCUCCACCCGCAGCAAGCAAAGGGGGACAAAAUGAAGACAGUCCACAAUAUGCUGCUUUAGAGCUUAACCAAGCCAACAGAUCCAGAAGACAGAGGAGCACCACCAACAGCGAUUGUGUUUAUUCCAGUGUACGGCUGCAGUGCUGAACUUGUUUUGCUGUUCAAGGAAUAUAUUUUUGAUAUCCAGGUAGAUAUAAAUCAAUUUUUACUCCACCUUUGUUCUGCUGCAAAAAGAUAAAACCUUCAGUUUGCGCUAACGUUUGGCACUGUGAAAUUUUAGGGUCCUAUACCUGUAUAUAUAUAUUGUCUUUUCGGUCUCAAGGAGAAUGUUUCUUGAUUAAAACAACUCUUUUUAUUUCUUCACAUAUGACUAAAUAUUUUAAGCCCAUCAAAAAUGUCUGAAAUGCUGGACGUGAGUGUAUUCAGUUGCAAUUUCAUAAACUCUUAUUUUCAGAGCUUUUGCUGGUUAUAUUCAGAUACUGCAUGACUGUUCAUUAUUUGCUUCUGUGUUGUGUUUCACC